AUGAAUUGCAGAACAAAUGUGCAACAUCAAUCAACUUUAAACUACAACAAAAAGGUGAUCCAAUAUUUGUAUACCAUGCAAUUCACGAGGGCUGGGACCGCGGGAGGCGAUUCAAAUGGCCUGCCAUUGGAAUCCAAUGGUGGUCAAUCUGGGAAAAUGUCGAUGUCUAUGCAUUCAUUAGGAAGGAGUUUGAGCGAUGGAUAUGAUGAUUACUACGAUGAAGAAGAGGAAGAAGGUGGUGAAGAACAAGUGACUUCUAUACAUGACAAGAAUAAGAUCCCAGAUAACACUAUUGAUCAGAGUACCCUUUCCAGGUACGGUAUAGGGGCACAGCUCUUGAUGAAAAUGGGAUACCAACAAGGGAAAGGUCUUGGAGUUAAGGAAGAAGGAAUUGUCAAUCCAAUUGAAACAAAAUUACGACCACAAGGUUUAGGGGUUGGUGGAGUUAAGGAAAGAGAUGAUAUUCUGGACGAAGACAGUAACUCGAAGGGACGCAUCGUGGAUAUGGAUUUGGACUCAAGUGACGAUGAACAAGAGUCACCAAAAUUGCCUCGAUAUGAUCUAUACAGUCGAAUCCAAACGCUCGAGAAAUUGGGAGUGAAUGUUCCAAUACAAUACAAAGAAAUAUCGGAUAAUAUAGACCGAGAACCCGUACAGACGGUGGAGAAAGUUUACUUGCAUCUUAAACUGUUGGUAGAUGAACUUCAAGCCGUGGUUGCUGAAGAGGAGUUUCUUCAAUUCAAAAUCAAUGGUCUACAGGGAGACGAGCAACGACAACUGCGGGAGAUCCAACUGUCUGAGUACUUGCUAGUUAUUCUUGAAGAGGAGGUAGCAAAAAUUGGUGAUAAUCUCGAGAAGUUGACCUUGGUAUUGCAAGAAAUGACACAAGAAAAGUAUGCGGUCGUAGAAGACCUCCCAUCAAUAUUCACGAGCGUGGCAAUGUUGGGGAUUGAUACCUGUGACAUAGAAAGAUUGAAGAUAUGGUGCAAAUUAUAUCAACAAGUUGAUGGGGGUGGGGUUUCUGGUGAUUACUGGGAUGCUCUAGUCUUUCGUCAAAUGCAAACUCAAUAUGAUAAUGUACCUACAGUGGACUCCUUAAGUACAUGGCACCAAAAUGGUGCCGUCUUUAUUAACCACGAGAGAGCGAUUGACUUGUUGGUGUCAGAGCAUGUGAUGCCUCAGUUGGUUGAACAAGUAGAGAAAUGGGAUGGACAGGGGAGUUCAAUUCUUUCCAUUGUGGAAUACUUCCCAUACAUGGAUGAAAGAAUACUGGCUGAGUUGGUGCAAAGAGUAUAUGAACAAUGUAUAAAAUUUUCAGAAAGGGAACCACCACUGUUGGAAUCUAAGAGAGCCGAAUGGGUAGAACUGAUGAGGCUCAUAUUUGAAUUCUGGAGUCCUCUUUUUGACCAAUAUCACCAGGAUACACACCGACUCCAUUGUUCAAUCCUUGAGUCUGUCUGUCUGCUGUUCAAACGAGACUUUGCACAAGUGGAGGCCCUCCUUAGCAUUAGUCCCUUUUUAACUGAAAUUAAGAUGGAAAUAAUUUUGCAAUUCCAAUGGUUCAACCCAUGGAUAUGCCGUAUACGUGAAAUGGGUAUCGAGAGAAGCUUUUACUUUAAGUACUGGUGGGAUUGGUGGAAUGCUAGAGUUGGGAAAUUGCUGGAUGUGGUGGGGAAAAUGAUAGUGUGGUACUUUUCUGUGGCACUUGACCUGAUGGUAAAUAAUGAAAUUAAGGUAGAUUUGCCAUCUCUUCAAGGGGAUACAUUACCUAGUAUCACUAUGACCUUGACGUAUCAAGACGACAAGCCAUCGCGUACGAAACUGACCCCUCAGAUAAUAGACGCCAAUGGUAUUCCAUCUUAUAGACUCAUGACCACAUUCAAGGAUGUUCUAGAAGAAUAUUGUCUGAAGAACGAACUUUUGUUAGCUGCUGGAGCUUCUCUGAUUGAACGUCAACUUUACAAACUCUCAGGUGGUGGAAGAACUAUGACCGUGUAUAUUGAAGAAGAUGUCCUUUGGAUCGAGAAAGACACCAAAGGAGUGUUUCUGCCGAUAAACAUCGACGAACUCAGGGAUAUAUUUUACGGGUAG